CAAAUACUUUAUAUCUGCUUGAGUAUCCUGUAAUUUCAAAUUCCCCCUAACAAGGCUAGGAAAUGGUGAAGAGUUCCUUGAGAUUUACUGGACAAGUUAAGCCAUGUGCUUCUUACAGGUCCAACUAUGAUUUUUCCUUUGACAUGGCAUUUGGAGGAACAGGGUAUGCACUGAGCUUUCCUCUAGUGGAAGCUCUGGCACCAGUGAUAGAUGAGUGUAUUGAGAGAUAUCCUCGCUUGAAAGUCAGUGACUAUCUUUCAUCUUCUUGUUCUGCUGAUUUGGGAGUCGGAUUAACCAUUGAAAUGGGUAUUCAGCAGAUUGAUCUACAUGGGGAUAAAUCAGGUUUCUUGUCAUCUCAUCCUCAGUCUCCUCUACCCUCACUUCACCAUUUUGAUGCCAUAGAACCAUUUUUUCCGUUCAAGAACCAGCCAAGCAACUGGUCUUUCUCUGUCUCAUGGGCAUACUCGGCUCAUAUAUAUGAAAGUAUCAUCCCUCGAAGUGUUCUAAGGCGACCACUUGAGACAUUUUCUCCUUGGAAGAGUGAUACGCCUCCUCUCUUCAUCUUCAACACACGUUGGCUAUCUAAUGAUCCAUGUGAAGCUCCUCAUGUAUUUUUCUUGGACUCAGUUCAGAAAAUGGAGAACAAUCUAGUUCUUACUACCUAUAAUAGAACAUCAGCACGAAAUCUGCCUCCUUGUUUGUUUACUGGCAAUCAUUCCGCGGAUUCUGUCACCCAGGGAAGCUGGAAUAAUAGAAUGCUGCGAUGUGGAAUAUGUAGCUGGAACAGAGGUUGCAGCCAUCAAGUUAAGAACAUGUAGGAAGGUGAGUUAUGGCCUAGAUGAGCACCUCACGUUGUGGAAAAAAGAUGGCAAAAACACAAGAUGAAGGUCUAGGAUAGUGAUCCUGCAUUUGAUGUACUUGCAAUUAUAACCUCUAUGUGAUGUUACGUUUGGAUAAUCUUUUUCUUUAAGCAAUACAUAACUAUAUACUAC